GGUGCAUUUGAAAAGGACAUUCCAUAAUUUACAAUGGAAAUGUAGUUACAGAGCUUGUUUAGAUGUGCCACUACACUAAAGUAUCAUAUAGUGAGCAGCAUGUGUCAGUGAGUGCUUAAUCAAAUAGCUUACAUCAGUGUUAUCGAACUUUGCAGAAAUCAAGGACCAUGUCAAUUUUGUUAUGCAUAUUUCACAGUACACCAACUUAUAUUAAUGUUGGCAUAAGGGGUGGCCGUAAAUUUACACGGUUGAUGACUGCUAGAUACACGCGUACGUCGUCAACUAAUACACUGUGGCUACGAGAAAGGUCAGGAAUAAAGAAUCAAAGCUAUAACCUUGAGGUGUCUUCUCAGCGGGGGCAAUCGUCGACAAAUGAGCCAGCAGCUGAAACUGCUCAUUGUCACGGACAGAAGAAAUGUACAUCGAAUCCCAUCCCGAAUGCCUAUAAGCCAGCUUAUGUUGAGGCAGAAUGGUAUGACUGGUGGGAGAAGCAAGGAUUUUUCUCCCCCAUGAAAAGCAGUGAUAUUGGGACCACCGCAUACACGAUGAUAAUCCCACCGCCAAAUGUCACGGGUACUCUACAUCUGGGUCAUGCGCUCACAAAUGCUGUUCAAGAUGCCUUAAUCAGAUGGCAUAGGAUGCAAGGGAACCAAACGCUGUGGUUACCUGGCUGUGACCACGCCGGCAUAGCAACACAGGUUGUCGUGGAGAAGAAGCUGUCGCGAGAGCAGCGCGUGUCACGGCAUGAACUCGGGAGAGACGCUUUCAUCGAAGAAGUGUGGAAGUGGAAACACAGUAAAGGUAACAGGAUAUAUGAGCAGUUAAAGAGGCUUGGAUCAUCCCUCGACUGGCAGAGAGCCUACUUUACAAUGGAUCAAAAGCUGUCUACAGCAGUGACAGAAGCCUUUGUCAGGCUUCAUGAUGAAGGUCUGAUCUAUCGCAAGACUAGGCUAGUCAACUGGUCCUGUGCGCUAAAGUCUGCGAUAUCUGAUAUAGAGGUGGACAAUCGUAUAGUAGAGGAGCCAACAACACUUGCUGUACCUGGGUAUGACAAGAAAGUAGAAUUUGGAGUCUUGGACUCGUUUGCAUAUACUAUCAAAGAUACAGAUGAAGAGGUGGUAGUGGCCACAACUCGACUAGAAACCAUGCUCGGAGACACUGCUAUCGCUGUCAAUCCAGAUGAUGACAGGUACCGCCAUCUACAGGGCAAGCAUGCUAUACAUCCGUUUUGUGAUCGUCUUGUGCCUAUCAUCUGCGACUCUCACGUUGACAAGGCAUUUGGUACAGGAGCUGUAAAGAUCACACCUGCACAUGACUACAAUGACUAUGAGAUUGGGGAGAGACGUCGCUUGCAGACUGACACUGUUCUAAAUGAAGACGGACAUAUUGCUCAGCACUGUGGAAUGUUUGCCGGCAUGAGAAGGUUUGAUGCAAGAUCGGCAGUACGAGAGCAACUUAAGAAACAAGGGUUGUACAGAGGAAGUAAGAAACACUCCAUGGUCCUACCUAUUUGCAGCCGAUCAGGUGAUAUAAUAGAACCACUGCUCAAGCCUCAAUGGUACAUCAACUGCCAAGAGAUGGCAGCACAUGCAGUUGACGCUGUGAGGUCAGGAGAGCUGCACUUUGUUCCGUCCUACUAUGAGAAGACAUGGUUCGAGUGGUUGGGAAAAAUUCGUGACUGGUGCAUCUCAAGACAGCUGUGGUGGGGCCACCGCGUCCCGGCUUACCGUGUCCUCACCCCGACCUCACACAGAGAGGAGCUGUGGGUGAGCGGGAGGAGCGAGGAGGAGGCGAGAAGACGGGCAGCGAGAAAGACAGGGAUGCCAGUCGAACACAUCACACUGGAGCAGGACGAAGACGUGUUGGACACGUGGUUUUCCUCGGCUCUGCUCCCCUUCUCAUCCCUUGGAUGGCCGGAUCAGACAAAGGACCUUCAGAGUUUCUACCCUCUGUCAUUGAUGGAGACAGGUCAUGACAUACUGUUCUUCUGGGUGGCAAGGAUGGUCAUGCUGGGCACCAAGCUAACGGGCCAGCUUCCCUUCAAUGAGGUGCUCAUGCAUGGUCUAGUGUGUGAUGCACAGGGGAGGAAAAUGAGCAAGUCGUUAGGCAACAUCAUUGACCCCCUGGAUGUCGUCAAUGGCAUCAGCCUUCAGGAUCUGCACAGGCAGGUUGAACAGAGCAAUCUGUCUAAGCAGGAAGUCGAGUUGGCCAAGAAGGGUCAGAAGCAGAAUUUCCCAGCUGGCAUUCCUGAAUGUGGAUCAGAUGCCCUGAGAUUCGCCCUAUGUUCGCACAACAUUAAGUCUGAUUUUAUCAACGUCGAUGUCUCCCAGAUCCACAGCUAUCGCCUAUUCUGCAACAAGAUCUGGCAAGCUUUUCGUUUCAUGCAGAUGGCUGUGGGACCAGAUGAUAUUAUCAUUCCUCACCCCUCGGUAUGCAGUCUUAGUAAUGUCGAUUGGUGGAUACUCAGCAGGCUCCAUCUGCUGGUGAAAACUUGUAAUGAAGCUUUCAAAGCCUAUGAGAUUCACCGUGCCACCAGGGCGCUCCACCAGUUCUGGUACGGGGACUUCUGUGAUGUCUAUCUGGAAUGCGUGAAGCCAGUGCUCUACAAGGAGUCGGCAGCGGAGGCAUCAUCGGAUGAGGAGGCUGAGCAUCGAGAAGCCAUCCGGGCAGUGCGAAGUGUUCUGUGUCACUGUAUAGACACGGGACUGCGAGCGAUCGCACCGUUCAUGCCCUACCUGGCGGAGGAGCUGUAUCAGCGGCUGGCACCCUCUAUACAGGACCCAGCAGCCAGUGUUUGCGUUGCGCCGUACCCACGUGUGGAGGAGUACGAAUCAUUUUCCAACAGCAGACUGGAGGAAGAGAUGCAAUUUGUGCUGGAGGUUGCCAAGCAUGCGAGGGCUGUGCGGACGGAGUAUAACCUGACAAAGACGAGAGCAGACUUGUAUGUGGAGGUUAGUGAUUCUUCACUACUGGGUGCUCUUCACUCAACAUCUGCAAGAACAAGUGAGCAGCAGGCAGCAACAUCAUGGCUUCUGCCACUACAGACGCUUUCGUUCUCGAGAUCGGUCACCCUCCUGACCGAAGCAACACGACCUAGUGGUUGUGUGCAGACCAUCGUCAACAACAACUGCCAGAUCUUUACAGCUCUGAAGGGAUUAGUUGAUGUCGAUAAAGAGAGGGAGAGAUAUGAUAAGAAGAUAUCGAAACUUUGUGCGGAGAUCAACAAGACAACUAAGAGGCUAGUGGAGAAGAGGCUUUCAGAAGACCAGAGACUAAAACUAUCAGACAAGAAAUCGACUCUGGAGACCAAGCUAGGGCAUGUACAUCGAGCAGUAGCCAACUUGGAAAGUAUAUCGUGACCACGUGGGGUUGCUAAUCUUGCAAUUUGUUGUUGUUAUCAUGUGUAUAAUAGUUCAUGAUAGUACACGUAGUAAUGGCAUGUAAAAUACUAUACCAGUGUUCACAGAAAGCUCUUCAAAAUACUGCAACGAAUGACCCUAAGCAGAGUUGUAUAGUAAAUGCCGAUUUUUUAUGAGUAUAUAUAAACACUACAAGAUAUCAUUGGGUGCAACAAGUGAGAGAAUUAGUCUCAGAAUACCCCAUUACAAAGAUAAUACGCUUUCAA